CGAAAAUUUCUGAAUCCUAUUGGCGAAGGAAUACAUCAAUCCAACUAACUAUCUAUUCCUUCGCCAAAAAUCUUCCAUCGGAAACCAAAGCUUUGCAGGGGAAAAAAGCAACUCACAAAACCUUUGGCUGUCUCUCUUCAACCCGUGAAAUCCUCCAUCUACCCAAAACUCUCCCCUGCGUGUAGCAGAAAAAAGAAGAGCCACAAGGUCGAUUUCUGAAUCACGAGAAGAACCCCUCCUCCCUCCAUUUCGCCAUUACACUUUGGCUUUGACAACACCAUUUGGGCCUCAAACUCUGGUUCACACACACCACAGCUUCCAAUGCCCUCCAAACAAAGCUGCUCGUGAUCAUGCUCUUUUCAAACGCGUCUAUAAACCCACACCCCUAAAGUCUCUGCCUUUGGGAAACAACAAUGGAGAAAAAACAAACAAUGAAGCCAGCUUCUCCGAAGCCAGGGGACAGCCAUUUCGUGGACAUCCAUGAAGUACUCCACGAAGGAGAUGAAGAAGGAGGUGGAGAAGAAGAAAGAAGAACAACGGAACGCAACCAAAAACCAAACCGGCCUCCAUCGGUCAGGCAAUUCAGAAUCCGCGGGUUUGGAGGUCAAAGAAGUGGUGUUAGCUUCAGCAGGCAGGUUUCCUUGGAGACGGGGUUUUCAGCUCUCAUGGGCAAGGAAGCUGCUUCAUCGUCGAAAGCCAAUAAAGAUGAAGGGAUUAAGGUCCUACCCAGGAGCGGGCGGAGCUUUGGUGGGUUCGAUUCGGCUAAACGGCUCAAUGUUGGUGGUAUUGAUGCAGGGGAAAAGAAAGGGGACUUCAGCAUGUUCAGGACGAAAUCGAGCCUCAGCAAGCAGAAUUCGUUGCUGCCGAUUAAGAAAGGUGACAAUCGGUCGGACCCGAUGGAGCAUUGGUUGGGGCAGAGGAAUAACAAUGAUCAGAAUUCGAAUCAUGUUAAUGGCGGUGGUGAUCACGACUCUGUUCAUAAUGGUGUUCCUGCUGGGAGGUACUUUGCUGCUCUUACCGGACCCGAGCUCGACCAAGUCAAGGACUAUGAAGACAUUCUGCUGCCAAAGGACGAGCUAUGGCCAUUCCUCCUGCGCUUCCCAAUCGGUUGCUUCGGUAUCUGUCUCGGCCUGAGCAGCCAAGCAGUCCUCUGGCGAGCGCUAGCCACUUCCCCUGCCACCCAAUUCCUCCAUGUCACGCCAUUCAUCAAUCUCAUCCUCUGGCUCUUGGCCAUAGCAGUCCUGUUCUCUGUCUCCAUCACCUACAUCCUCAAAUGCAUCUUCUACUUCGAAGCCGUUCGUCGUGAGUACUUCCACCCGGUCAGGGUGAACUUCUUCUUCGCACCCUGGGUCGUCUGCAUGUUCCUAGCCAUCGGAGCACCACCGAUGCUCUCGCCGGAGAAGCUCCACCCGGCCAUAUGGUGCGUCUUCAUGGGGCCUUACUUCUUCCUGGAGCUGAAGAUCUACGGACAGUGGCUGUCCGGCGGGAAGAGGCGGCUGUGCAAGGUGGCGAACCCGUCUUCUCAUCUGUCAGUGGUGGGGAACUUCGUGGGGGCGAUUCUGGCGGCCAGAGUGGGGUGGCUGGAAGCCGCUAAGUUCUUGUGGGCGGUAGGGUUCGCGCAUUACCUCGUGGUGUUUGUGACUCUGUAUCAGAGGCUGCCGACGAGUGAGGCAUUGCCUAAAGAGCUUCAUCCUGUUUACUCUAUGUUCAUCGCGGCGCCAUCGGCAGCCAGCAUUGCUUGGGAGACUAUAUAUGGGGAGUUUGAUGGGUUGUCGAGGACUUGCUACUUCAUUGCUCUGUUUCUCUAUGUGUCUCUUGUCGUUCGAGUCAAGUUCUUCACCGGGUUUAGCGACAGGUUCUCAGUAGCGUGGUGGUCUUACACAUUUCCGAUGACAACGGCAUCAGUGGCGACAAUUAAGUAUGCAGAACACGUACCUUGUAUCCCAAGCAAGGUCCUCGUGUUGAUCUUGUCCUUCAUGUCAACGACGAUGGUGCUGAUGCUUUUCGUCUCCACAUUGCUCCAUGGCUUUGUGUGGAGGACUCUGUUUCCGAACGAUCUUGCCAUCGCCAUAACGAAGAAGAGACUCGUGAGGGACAAGAAGCCACUGAAGAGCAGCUUCAGAAGGUGGACGAAACAGGCGUUGAACAAGCAUAACUCUGGCAACAAGGAUUCUGGGGAUGAGAAGGAAUCAUCCACUCACAAAUAA